AUGGAUAUCCUCGCGCAAGCUGCAGGCAGUGUUGGCGGGGUGCCAGCAGCUCUCGGGGGGGCAGCUUUGGCACUCGCAACAGCCGCCUAUGCCAAUGCGAAAUUCGGCAUCAAAGCCGAUAUAGAUGGAUUGAGGGCGGAGUCAAGCCUUGGAAAACGGCUUGCACAGCGCAUUGGCGAAUUAGGCGAUACCUGUUCACUGUAUGGGAUUCUGCAGAGGACCAUUGACGUGUAUCAGAAAGGCUCGUCGGAGGCGCUGUGGUUCGAAAACAAGAGCUGGACAUAUGAUCAGCUCAGAGACUUGGUCGAUCGCCUGGCUGCCUACAUUCAUGCCCAGGGUAUCAGAACGGGGGAUUUUGUGGCUGUCUUCACGACAAACUCGCCCGAGAUGGUGAUCACCAUAUACGCCCUGUCAAAGUUAGGAGUCGUUGCUCCCCUAAUAAACACCAAUUUAAGAGGUGCCUCUACCUUUGUGUUCUUUGUAUUCAUUUGUGGAUUUUCUCUGACCUGCAGUCUAGAUGACACAUUCAAACACUGCCUCCGGAUCUCCACGUCCAAAUUGAUUAUCUCAACGCCGGAUCUCGCUGACUUCGUCAAGUCUGAUCUCCCCAAAUUCUCAUUUAACAUCUCUUCAUUUGACAAUGUCUCUGCCGAACAGAUACCCGAUACUACACCUAUCAAUCUAGAGACAUUGAUGCAGCUUUCCCCCGAAGCCAUUGCAUCUAUCACCCCAGCUAAACGUAGCCCCAGAGACCUUGCCGUACUAAUUUACACGUCCGGGACAACGGGCAACCCAAAAGCCUGCGCAAUUCGCAAUAUGAUGAUCCUGGUGACUUCCACUCUAGUAGCUAAGGACUUUGACAAUCCGGCAAAAUACCUCCCUCUUCGCAUAUACUCUGCAUUACCCUUAUUCCACGGCACGGCGUUAUUCGGUGGUCUCUGCUACGUCUCUAGUAGUGGAGGCACACUCUGCCUCAGACGCAAAUUCUCCGCCUCCCAAUUCUGGAAAGACGUGCACGACUCCAGGGCCAACAGAGUGCUAUACAUCGGUGAACUAUGCAGAUACCUUCUCGCCUCGCCGCCAUCACAAUACGAUAAAAAUCACAAUUGCAUUGCUGCCUACGGGAACGGUCUACGCGGUGAGAUCUGGGACAAGUUCCGUGAACGAUUCAAUGUUGAAGAAAUCCGCGAAAUUUACCGUUCUACAGAAGGAGUUGCGCGGUUCAACAAUUUCUAUGGUGGAGCUUGGGGCGCUGGAGCGGUGGGAUUCUAUGGGCCUAUUAGGCGAGCAUUGGAACGAGAUACGUAUCUCAUCAAGUUUGAUAUGGAGACUGAAAUGCCUUAUCGGGACCCAAAGACGGGGUUUUGCGUCAAAGCUGGUGCGGGAGAGGAAGGCGAGGCGAUUGGGCGCGUUCGUGUUCGGCAGACUCUGACUGAGUAUUUGAAUAAUAGCGAAGCGACGGAGAAAAAGUUACUCCGUGAUGUGUUCGAGAAAGGGGAUGUGUUCCAGCGGAUGGGCGAUCUGCUGGUUCGUGAUGACGAUGGAUGGAUCCGCUUCGGUGACCGGGUCGGCGAUACGUUUCGCUGGAAAGGGGAGAAUGUCUCUGCAGGGGAAGUGAGGGAUCAUAUAUGUCGGAUGGAUAAUGUGCAGGAUGCCAUUGUUUAUGGCGUGAAGUUGAAAAGCUAUGACGGUCAAGCAGGCGCCGCUGCUAUAACACUUGUGCGCAGGACGCCAGAAACGGAGAAGAAGCUGAUUGCGAAUCUCUACACAUUUCUCAAAUCAAAGGGCGUCCCAUCUUAUGCCAUACCCAGACUCGUUAGGAUCACCAAAGAAGUUUCUACAGGGGUAACAUUCAAGCAAGCCAAAGGGGAUCUCUCCAAACGCAGCUGGGACCCAGCAUCCCCAUCCUCAUCAAAAUCGCCAAAGGACGGUGAUACGUUGUAUUGGCUAAGCUCAAAGGGUAAAAGGCCAACCCUUGAGACGCUUGACAUACAUAGUUGGGCCGAGAUAGAGAGCGGGCAAACGAGGUUGUAG